AUGUUAAGAAAAGAUUUUGACAAAAAGAGGCAAAAGAAAAUUCUCAAAGGAUUAGCCUCCGAUUUUGAGAAAUUUGCAUCUGAUGAUAGGUUGAAACAUGAAGAAUUGGUAAUCGGACAAAAGCCACAUUAUGAAGAAGAAUUGCCAUCAACAUCACCAAAAAAGAUCAAGAUCAGCGGAAACGAAGAGUUGGUUGAAGAAGGUAUCUCCCAAGAAGAUUUGUCAAACUCUGUGAUUAAAACCUUUGAUAUUUUCGGACAACUCGAAUUCCCAACGUAUUACGAGAAACUCAAAACCAUAUGGAAUACCGAAAACGAUAAUACAAAUUAUUGUGUUAUUAAUAUGGGAGAUAAGAAUACAUUAAAUCAAGUGCAUGAACUUUUGAGCGAGAACGAAUUGAGAUUUUUGUCUGAGAGGCUGAUGUUGAAAAAUGAAGUCGAAUGUAUAAGCGUAGAGGCACGUAGUUAUAUGGAACUGUUUGAUCAUAUUGUGGAAGAGGAAGGUUGUGAUAAUUCAUUCGAUGAUCAGACAGAAGAUACGGAAGGCGAUAAUAAUUUUAGAAACAGUGAAGAGUUCAAGAAAGUUAUCGCUAAAAUGGAAGAAAAAAUGCGUCGAUUAGGAAGUUUGUCCGAAAAAUUUAACUAUUUAUCUAACGUCUAUCCUAUUCCACCGGAGAGUUAUGAUCAAUCAAAGAUGCCCGACAUUAAUAUCAUUAAGAGCAUCUCUAGUCACCUCGAUACGAUAUAUUUCUCAUGUGAACGGGACGUUCCAAGUAGUGUUUAUAAAGCCGAUGGUGUAUUGGAGUUUUUCGAGCGACCCAACCAAAUUCCAUUAUUUUUUCUUGAGGUAUCAGAAGGCCCUAAUAAUCCAGACCCGGGUAUUGUUUAUGAAGACAGAGAGAAGUUGAUGGAUGAAGGUGUUUUUGCUCUUAAUAAGUUUAUGAUAAGCACUGGGUUACCAACGCGUAGAGUAUGUGAAACGUUGAGUGUUUUCCUGGCUCAAGGAAUUGCUGAUAAAAUCGAAAUUGGCCAAUUGAUAUUUAUUGGACCCGGCUUAUACUUAUUUUCUCCAUUUACAAUUCCGGCUCUUACUAUUCCAACCUCCUUUACCAAUUUAGCACACGCACCUAGACUUAUUCGAACACUCUUAUGUUUACGAUACAACAUUAUUAAAAAAAUCGAGUUGUAUAAGGAAUUCUCAAAGGAAGGACAACAACUUAUUACUCAAGCCAAAACUAGAUAUGCAACCGGGUUCUCACCAAAUCGGUCAAAAAGCUAUCACAUUUGA